AAGUCAGAUAAUGAUUGGUGCAAGUUUUGUGUGAGAGAAACAAUAAGAUAGAUAGCCCUUUAAGCGGGAAUUUUUUUUGUAGAUUAUAACGACUAUUGUAGUUCUCCUACAAAUAAAUCCACAUACCCAAGAAUACAUUGAAUUAGCCCACUUAGUUAGUGGAUAAUGUAAUUCUUUGUGCAAUAGUAUUUUGGGUACUUAAUAUGAGCUAUUGAUUCAAGGGCCAGCACGGCUUUGUAGCUCAUUUAAGCUACAAAUAGUCAAAUGAACCAUGAAAAUCUUAAGACUACGCCCGACCGCGUAGCCACAAAGGCCUUCCGCACUCCUGUGAACCAAAAAUCUCCAAUAUGGAGCCCAAUCUUCCAUGCAACUACUCCAGAUUUAAAUGCUUCCGCCUCUGUUUGUAAAGGCACUCCAGCUCUAAUAGAAAGUUUGGGCAUUAAUCAAGAACUUGAUGUAUCUUGGUCAGCUACCAUGGAAACCCCCCCAAAUGCUAAUAUGAGUAUCCCAGGGAUCAUAAAGCUUGAUGUAAACAAAAUGCUUGAAAAUGAAGCAAAGCCAUGUCACUUAUUCCACAACAAGGAGAAAAUCUCAUGUGCAGAAGAUGAUGUGAAUAAUUCAACUAAGUUGACGGAGAGAACACAUAUUUCUGGAAGAAUACCUAAUUUAGAAAGCAAAAAAAUUAAUGCUGACUUAAAGGCAGAGAGCUUGCUCAGCCUUCUGAAAAAACCUGCCUCAAGGUUCAUUUACCCUGAGCCGAUUUACAUCAACAUUGUUGGAAACCCCCAGAUGACAAAUCCAAUUAAAUCCUUGAAGCAACAACAGUCUGGGACGACAGUGGCAAAAGAGUUAGCACCUAGUGCUCUUGUUGAACAGAAGUUGCAGAAAAAUGUAAAAGAAGUUAGAAAGAGUCUUGACUUUUCACAUGAUAGUUUGAUCAAGAGUCACAAGGAUAUUUCAUAUCACACGUCGCAUUAUAGCAACCUUCAGCACAAAGAAGCUACUGAACCUCGUAAGUUAUCCAUUAGCAAUUCAGAAGUUUCUGCGCAAUGCCUCUUGGAACCUUCAAAUACCCUUUCCGAGAACAACUUACAUGGCCCGUUUCAUAUGGAAACCGAUGACGUUGAAACGCUUACCCAACCAAAAAUCAAUGUCGAAACUAUCCACGCACUACCUUCGUGUAUUCAACAACAAUAUUGCGGCAAUAUUACCCCUCGAAUAAUAUCAGAAUCGGUUGAAUUCAGCACUGCCAAAGGGCAAAAAGGAACAGUCUUCGAGAAAGCUAUUGGUCAAUCAAGACGUAAAUUGGAAGAGUUUAACAGAGAAUAUAGAAUAUCAUUACCAAACCCAUCAAUUAAAACCAAUUUCAAUGGAUUAUCUAACGGAAAAGAAGUUCCUGAACAAGCUAGGAAUUGCGGCAAAGUUUUGCUUGAAAAUAACCAUAACAAUUCAAAGACGGCAGGGUUCUAUGCGGCCAAAGCCAAGGAUGGUGUUACUUCUGGCGAAGCUAAUGUCUCAACUUUAGACAACUUCGCGAAUGAAACUCCAUCGUCAAGUGCAACCGAAUAUCCAGAAUUGAUUGGGUUCAGCACCGCCGGUGGUAAAAAACUGACCAUUUCAGAAACAGCUAUGGAACAGGCAAGAGCUAAACUCGAAGAAAUCGCUAAUGGUGAUUUCAACUUUACAGUUAAUCAUAAUAAGCGCGAAGACUAUCAAAAGCUCAAUGAUUCGUUUGGUGUAGGGGUUUCGAAAAAAGCCUGGAAAUGUGAUGAAACAUUGCUUUGCAGUUCCAAUGAAGCAACAAUCCCAUUAACAAUGGGUUUCAGUACCGCAAACGGAAAGACCAUUGCGGUUUCUGAAGAAGCAAUGAACAGGGGACGAAGUAUGUUUUCUGAAGUCAGCGAAGCUACGCCGCCCUAUGCCCCCACCCCGAAAACUGCGGGAUUCAGUACUGCCGGUGGCAAAAAAAUCGCCGUUUCCGAAAAAGCGAUUGCGCAAUCUAGGUCUUUUUUCUCUGAGUUUCAAGACUGUGAUAUAGAACCUAUUGACGUUCCUCUGGCUAGUUUCAGCAUGGCUAGUGGCAAAAAGAUAAUGGUGUCUGAAGAAGCUAUCGCUCGAGGUCAAGCGCUGUUAGAUGAUGUUUAUGGAACAAACGCCACAGAAGAAAAUACCAUUGAAUCGCAAGCAGAAUUACGUCCUGUAUCAGAAGUUAAUGAAAAACCCACAAUUGCCUACAAACAAACUUCAGCUACUUCAGCGGGUUUCAAGAUGCGGUCCAGAACUUCGUUCAAACCUCCCAAAAAAUUAAUACCUGCACCUAAAUUAACAUCUCCAUUGUUCGAAAAUCACCAGUUUAGCCCACUGCAAGUUCCACUAACUGUUGGAUUUAACACAGCCAGCGGAAAAGACGUAAAAAUAGCAGAAGCGUCAUUGUGUAGAGCUCGUAAAAUUUUCGAAGAAAAUCUUUUGAUGGAAGGCAUUAAUAAUUCAAUUGAAGAAGGAGAGCAUACACAAAAGCUCAAUCCGAACGCUCGUUCACCUGGUUUAUCCGUGAGAAAUGAAAAUAUCGAUACGAAAACGAUAGUCGAAGAUGACAAUGACAACAAUUACUGGGUGUCAUCGCCAACCAUUGGCAAAAAGACGAAAAGAUCAAAGAAAAGAAACAAUAUCACUCAAAGCCCUCAAAAACAACUAUCUCCAACACCCAUUUCAGGAACACCAUCGGCAUUUGAAUCUUGUGCGGUGUCAGCAAAGAUAAGAGCUUUGAGGAGAAUUGCUCGUCAAGAACAAAUGUCGCUCAUCCAGUGCAAACAAUCGAAAUCCGUUAAAUCCUCACUAAAAGCGGGAUACCUCUAUCGACUAAAGAAAAAUGGAAUUGUUCCGAAGAAAACGUGGAGAGAGUUGAUUGGUAACUGUUCGUUACCGGAGAUGCUGCCUCCAUACAAACUCUUAGAAGAUCAUGGUGUAUUGACGUCAGUCUGCCUCGUCCGAGCUUCAAAUGCUUCGGCAUUUAAUUUUUGUGCCUGGGAUCAUUUCCCGAUAGAUGACUGUCUUGAAAAUUCUGAAGGAAUGCAAAUCGGAGAAUUUUUGGUAAUAUUUAGUGAUGAAAAUACCAUUGGUUGCGAAGAGAUUGAAGCAAGCUUCCUUGCCUCUGAGAACGUUGAUCCAACUCUGAUCAGCUGUGAAUGGAUACGCAACCAUUACCGCUGGAUCGUUUGGAAGCUUGCUUCUAUGGAGCUAAGAAUGCCAUCUCUUUUUGCUCGGAAAGCACUAACACUGUCUAACGUGCUUGAACAGUUAAAAUAUCGUUAUGAUAAAGAAAUCGACCAUUGCCAAAGGUCUGCCCUUAGACGCAUUAUCGAGCAGGAUGAUACUGCUGCAAAAACGAUGAUACUCUGUGUGGCUGAAAUCCAAUCUUCUACAGUUUUGGAGUUGACGGAUGGAUGGUACAGCAUAGAAGCCCACUGUGAUUCUGCAAUGCAGCAACUUAUCGAAAAGAACAAAAUAUUCGUCGGUGUUAAACUAGUAAUUUCUGGCGCCGAACUCGUAUCGCCUGGUCCAUCCGCUCCCCUAGAAAAAGGAUCUGAUACCUACUUGAAGAUAUCAGCAAACUCAACUCGCCGUGCACGUUGGGAUUCCAAAUUGGGAUUUUAUUCCAAACCGUUACCAUUUCCAAUCGCGUUAGCCUCCAUUCUACCUGAUGGAGGUGUCAUCUCUCAUAUUCAAGUUCAUAUCAUUAGGGUAUAUCCCGUGACAUACAUGGAGAAGGCACCAGAUGGCAAAACGAUAUUUCGUGGUGAGCGACAGUACAGGCGAAUAACAGAAAGCGCAGCAGUACGCUACGAACGUAUGAUGGAAAAAGUUGUGGAGGACAUUGAACGAGAAGAAGAUGAACAAGAACGGAAGCGAUUGCGAGGUGAUGGGGAUCGCCGCAAUAAGAAAGGAAUCAAUCUCACAGAUGAAGAAAAGCGAUCUCGGAUUCUUGUCGAAGCUCAAAAACGAAUGCAGAUGAACAUGAAAUCAAUAGAAGGAGUGCCAAUGCUCAAAGUACGCGUAGUUGAUGUCCGGGUCACUAGUUCUAAUUCUGCAAUCGUUUCCAUUUGGAGGCCUACCGAAGACUUGCAGCACUACUUGAGGGAAGGACGAGUAUAUCGUUUGUACAACGUUAAUGCUGCGGGUUUGCGAUUCGGAGAAUUGCAGCUCAACGCCACGAAGAAUACUUCAUGGAGUGAAAUGAAGCAGACGAGCGCCACACCCCUACUCCAGAGUUUGGCCCGGAGUGUCACACCUUUUUCUGCAGCAAACCAAUUUGGAUUCAAACCAAUGUUUAAUGAGUUGGAUAUUGUAGGGCUAGUAGUUUAUGUUGGUCAACAACAAAGCAAAGGCCCGUUUCAAACAGCAAUACUUUCAGAUGGUACGACCUAUUUUGGCGUGAAAUGUUGGGGGAGCCUAGAAGAUUAUGCCCUGGCCGACGUCAUUGUUGUCGGAUCUUUUUUGGCCUUUUCAAAUUUGCAGUGGAGGGCCACGGCGUGCAGGACCGCUUCCAAGCUUCAGUUUGCGUUUAUUCAUGAAGGCACAUUGGUUAGCUCCAGACCCGCACUCAAGCAUUUGGACGCCGCACUCCAAGAUCUUAAGCAAUCAGUAAAAGAUCCAAGUGGCUGUGUGACUGAAGCCGAAGGGCAGGUGGACGUUCUUUUGGGAAACGCCACUCCUCAGCAAGCCACCCCGAAAUACGGAAAUGAGGUGUCUGGGAGACGUGGAAUGUUUACUCCAACUGGUGUCGUCUGCUCUACUAAUGGAAAAAAGAGUGAAACGCCCACAUCAACGAACCACACAAUAAACCGUGCAAGACUUCUGGAGAAAUAUCCGGAGCCACCUGCCUUGUCGCCUUGGAACGGUUGUGCAUCACCGCUUGUUCGCCAAAAAUUCAAACCCCCAGCUAGGAAACCAUCUGCCACGUGAAGUAUUGACUUAUCAUUAAGUAUAACGGGUGCCGAUUUAAAAGAUCGAUCUAAAGUUAUUUGCGUUUGGGUUUUUUUUAUAAGUCCUAGUCUGUUAUUUCCAUUUUUCUCGGUUUUUUUUUGUGGUCAUUUGCGUUCAAAACAUUCCUUACCUAGACUUUGUUCUAAAGAUAUCUGUGUUCAAGUUUUGCUGUUCCCUGUUUUGCUGUUUACUCUGACGCGUUAUAGAAUGUAAUUUAGGCCCAAAGUGUCAAUUUCGAGCGUGGGAUUCACGUGCGCUUGCUGUACAAAGAUGAAGAAAAAAAUCCCAAGGUUCAUAUGGUAAAAGUGAUAACAGUAUUAAAGCUAAUACGGCAAUAAAAAAAUUUUUGUGAUAAUUGAAGUAUUUGUAUGUAAGCAUUUGGUGACGUUAUUUCUUGUCUAGACUGCAGUUAUCACGAACAGGAUGUUUUAUGGUAUAAAUUCUUCAAUAACUA